CCGCCCCUAGGCCGCGUUCCUGCGACCCCGACGGCCGCGCGUAACCCCCUAGCCCGAAGAAAGGAGUCGCGCUGGCCUCCAAGAUGGCGGCCAUGGCAACGGCGUCCGGGCAGCAGCAGAGUGACUGCUGUUUCAGUACUCCAGAUUCGGGUCAACACUUUCAAUUUCAGAACUGGACAAUUAAAGCUGAUCAAGCUAAGAAAGCCGAAUUCAUAAGAACAGCAGAAAAACUAAAAAAACAACUUGUGAAUAUAGAAAAAGACAAAAAUGGUAAUCUCUACAACAAGAAGAGUGAUUUCAGGGUGGAAUACAGCACACUGGAAGAACUGGAACAUAAAAUGACUAACAACAGGAAAGCUGAAAAAGCUAAAAUCCAGCAACAACUAGCAAAAAUACACAAUAAUGUUAAGAGACUUCAACGACAAUUGAAAGAUGUGAAGCCUACACCGGAAUUCAUUGAAAAGCUCAGGGAAAUGAUGGAAGAAGCUGAAAAUGCAAUAAAUGGUUUUAAAGAAGAACAGCGACUCAUAUAUGAAGAGCUUAUGAAGGAGGAGAAGACUGCUACUAAUGAGCUCAGUGCCUUACAGAAAAAAAUUGACACAUGGGCACUGGGUAGUUCAGCCAUAGAAAAAGUUUUCAGAUUACCAUCAGGCAAGGUUCCAGUAGACAAAACACUGCAUCUACCUGAAGAAGUAGUAGAAUUUGAAAGGUUCCUUCAGCAAACAGGAGGGCGACAAGGAGGCUGGGAUGAUUAUGAUCAUCAACACUUUUUGAAAGUAUGGACAAAGCAUAAAGGAAAGCCAUCCUAUAUAGAAGAAGCCCUUGAGUAUCUCUCUGGAAGAACAAAAGAGGAUAUUCAACAGCAUGAGACAUGGUAUCAAGAAUUUCUGAUUUUAGAGGAAAGAAAAAAAGAGUCUAUUGAAAAGUGGAAAAUGAAGAAGCAACAAGAAAAACAAGAAAUCUUAAAGCAAAAGCAGAAGUCAGAGAAAAUGCUCAAAACAGAAAAUCUUCAACAAGAAGCAGCUCAGAAGCAAAAAGCAGAGAAGGAAAGGAAAAAGCAACAAGCAGCUGUCGAAGCGUGGAAAAGACAUAAAGAAAUAGAAUUUGCAAUAAAACAAGCAUCUCGACUGAAAGAGGAAGAAGAGAGGGAGAAAAAGCAACAGAAGGAACGCCAACGCCAGUUCCAACUGAAGCUACUGCUAGAAAAGUACACUCGGCAGAAGGAGGAACAGGAGGCGCUCCAAAGACUUGAAAAGGAGAAGAGGGAGGAGGCUGAAAGGGAAGAGAGGAAGAGAAUUGCUGCAGAAGAAAUUUCUAAGUUUCAAGAGAGAGAUCUUCAUAAACUUGAAGUAAAGAUUCUAGAAAAGCAGGCAAAAGAGGAGGAAAAAAUAGAAAAAGAAAAAAGACUGGCAAAGUUAAGAGAGAAGGUUGAAGUUCACGUAACCAGGGACCCAUCUAGAUUGUACAAACCUACCAAGGGUUGGGAGGAACGCACAAAAGAAAUUGGACCAACAGAUGUGCAGCGACUUUUACAUAUUCCACAUAGAGCUAUCCCAACCUGGAGACAAGGGUUAUAGCUGAACAUCUGCAUAUACGAGAAGAUGAAUUACAUACAAAUAAAGUGACCAACUGGGUCCUUAGAAAUUUUCAUAAAACUUUUUUAUGUAAUGAAGAAUAUUGUGUAUUAUUACAUGGGUUUCAAGUUGUGAUCAUUUAAUUUUUUGUCAUGUUAGCAGUGUAUUCAUUAUGGUAUGUAUUUGAUAACUGGCAUAUCAUCCACAAUUUUAUAAAUCUGAAAAUGAAAUAACAGAAUAUAAAUGUAGAUGUCAUGGAACAACAAUCAAUUAUAUCAAAAUUGCCAUUCUUACAUGUUAUUCUAGACCCUAGACCAUAUAUAAUAUAGUCACUUGGGGAAACAAUGGAAGAAAUAGUAUUUUUAACUGACAAAAAUGCUGAGUGUCAGUUCCUUCAUGUUUUCUACUACAUAUGCUGCAUUUGUAAUUAGCAACUUUUAAAAGAUUGUGUUUUUUUUAUAUUUGAAUAAAUAAAAUGUCUCACAGUUAGAUGGAGUGAUAAUAGAAUGACUAAUCUGUGCUUCAAACUUUUGUACUAGUGUUAAUGUGACUUGGAUAAGGAAUACCACACUAUUUUGCAAAAUAAAUAUUUAUUUUGUUUA